GUGCCUUCCCCGCCAUCCAGGUGCCACCCCCCCGCCCGUCCCCAUGGAGUGAGAGCGCACGGGGGUCUCUGCACCGGCGCGGCCCCCGCAGCGCCAGGAGGAAAGCUGGAAGGCGCCGCAAAUAUGAGCGACUUCUGGCACAAGCUGGGCUGCUGCGUCGUGGAGAAGCCACAGCCCAAGAAGAGGAGGAGACGGAUCGACCGCUCCAUGAUUGGCGAGCCCAUGAACUUCGUGCACCUGACGCACAUCGGCUCCGGAGACAUGGCCGCGGGCGAAGGCCUGCCCAUGACAGGCGCUGUCCAGGAGAUGAGGUCCAAGGGCGGACGGGAGCGGCAGUGGAGCAGCUCCCGGGUGUUGUAGCAUAUUCUUGGCUCUUUCAGCCCGAACUUGAACUGCCUGAUCCCCACACCGGAGGAAAAGCCAACCUCGAGCACUUGAUUCCCGUGGUAACUUAUGCAGACCGAGGCUCGCGCCCGUCCCGGUGGCUCGGGGUCAUUCCCCACAGAUCCCUCCUUCCCCGUGGCACCGGGCCGGCAACGCGGGGGAAAACGGGGCAGCCCACUCCACGCCGGGAGACACCGGGCGCAGCUGAGAUGUGCCAAAUCCUCCCACUACUCCCUCUCCCCACAACCCAGCCGGCACCGGUGUCUCCCACGGGCCCCUCUCGGCGCUGCCCCCGGUGCCUCGGUUUCCCCGGUGGACGGUGGCGAGGUCGGUUCUGCCGCAGGGGCUGAGCUGGCAAGGCGUUACAAAGAGCACAGGGCGUCCUGCAGCUCCGGCACCGCCACCGAGCCCGCGUUUCCUCCAGCCUUCAGCUGGCAUCGUCGCCAGCAGACCUCCGCCUUCCUUCUUUUUUAGGAUAUUUUUUGUUUUUUUUUUUUAAAGCUCAAAACCCCUCACCUUGGCGGCCUCUCCCGCCCCCACCAGGCUUUAACCGGCACCGGCCGCUCCCCCAGGAAGGAGGGACUCCCUCGGGUUCCGAAUUCAGGCGCACGUGUACAUAGUUUAAAUAGCGCUGGGGCUGAACAGGAACGAGCAGGUGCUGGAGCCACGCCGGGCGGCUGAGGCCUUCCCUUCCUUUCCCUUCCUUUCCUUUCCCUUCCUUCCCUGUGCUCCCGGGGAUGCUGGGAUGCUCCUGCACAGCGCUGGGCUCCUCCAGCCCCGCAGCGCCCGGCGCUUGUGAGGGAGCACAGAUGCUUGAGUCAGUUUUUAUCCCCUUGGAAAACCCACUGGAAAAACAAACCAACGACCCCCCCCCCCCUUUGAAAUAAAACCUUGUGCUAGGCCAA